GACUGCGCUAAAACGUGAGAUGCUGGAUGAUCAAUACCGGCCGCUGUGUCAGAUUCUGGACCAAGGAGUACACUCGAGAGAGACAGACAGAAGGGAGCAUCAUGAAAACAGUGACACAUACUUGCACACCAGGAGCUGCCGAGCUAGCGGGAAACGAGUCGAUCGUGGACAUUGCUGAAUCGGUGGACGAGCUACGUGAAAAGCUAGCAAACAUGAAGAGGCUGAUGGAGGAACGGAAGGGCACCACCCUGGGCGAAAUAAGCGCCAAAAAAAGGAAGGAGAGCUCGGACAUUAUAGAUGGGAACUUCCUCUCCUGGAUAUUUGGCGCGGCGUUGAUCGUGAUCCUCAGCGUCAGUUUUUACACGUUUUAUAAUCUCUACCACGCGGUCCUGAAGAAGUUCCCCUCGCAUCACACGGAGCUUUAAACAGGCAAUGUCCACCUAUAAAGACACGAUAUUUCUACACGAACAUCGUUCGUCCGUUGCGGCAAAAUAUCUUGUGAUGUAGGCAAUGAAACGUGCAAUAUCAAUUCUUCGAAUGGACACCUCCUAAAACCAAUAAAUGAAUGAGAUCAGGUGAAAAGUCUGUAGCGCGCGUCGCUUAGACAGCAUAAUUGGCAGCACCCAUUCCACUGCGAAUUAUUCUCUGUCCUAUUGGAAAAUCUUGUCAGAAUGUUUCCAAUUAUCCAGGACAAGUUAGCAGAAGAAAUAGAACGGCGUCCAACAAAAAUUUUGUAGUGAUUUCGUUCUAAUCAGAAAAAUUACGCUUACACUUAUCUUGAGAAAUGAGUUUCUUGAUCUAAUGUCCGAAUCUAUUGUUGAACUGCACAUAAAAAAGCGUGAGAAAAGGAUCACAAGUGGGAUCACAAACAAUUAACACUUCAUCUACCGGCUAUUUGUCUUUUUUAAAUAAUAAUUUCAAAAGCGCGAUUCGAUUGCAGUACCGAGGGCGUCUUAUUGAUUCGCAAAUAAAAUAAAAAUCUUUGAAAACAAUUAAAUAUAAGCGCCGGUAGGUAGUGUGUUAACAUAACAGUACACGCGAUUAAAAGAAAACUUGCUCUAUCUAAUUGCGAUUUCUCUUAACUUCAUCUUCACCUUCGUCGUUGUAGUUGUUCAUUGCAAAAUCGAACGCGGAAAAUUUUCCAUAUCGAUCGUUUUAUUUAAAUGUACAUAUUGUGAAUAUUAAAUAAAGUUAUGACUCGAUCGACGUUAUACAAUACCGUAGAACAGUCAAUAAAGAUCACUAUAUCACACGUGUAAGGACACGGCGUAACGUUUCAUUGUAAAGGAGGGCAACUCAUGCGAGGUCUUCUUGGACUUUCAGUUGUCAGAGCUACAAUAAUCAGAAAAUCAUUCCUAAUAAAUCAAACAUAAAAGGGAAGGUUUUACAAAAAAAUAGAUAAGUUUUAUCAAUACGUAUGAACCUACAGAACAAGGACUUCUUGUUUUCUAACUCUCUGGUAAAAUUGUUUAACAUCUUUUGAUAAUCUUCCUGUUGCUGAAAUAACAUGAAUUUCUUUGUAAAA